CCCCGUGUUCCCUUCUCAUUCUAGCUCUGCCACUUCACUCCACACAUCCCCAAAAAUGGAGAGGCUGCUCCCAUGCCCCCCUACCCUUCUUCCCCUUCUCCUCCUCGUCCUCCUGCUCGCCGCCGCCAUGGCCGCCGUGCGGAGCGCGCCGGUGUACAGGGCGGACUACCUGGUGGACGGCAACCAGCUGGUAAACAUGCAGUACCACAUGGGCCCCGUGGUGUCGGGUUCCCCCACGAACCUGUACCUCAUCUGGUACGGGCGGUGGGAUCCCGCGGCGCAGGCGGUGCUCCGCGACUUCCUGGCCUCCCUCUCGUCCCCCGCGGCCCCCUCCCCCUCCGUCUCCGACUGGUGGGCCCGCGCGCCGCGCCUCUACGCGGACCAGACGGGCGCCAACGUCACCGCGGCCUUCGCCGUCGCCGGGGAGCACUCCGACUCCGGCUACUCGCACGGCACCUCCCUGCGGCGGAUCGACGUGCAGUCCAUCAUCCGCGCCGCCGUGGUGGCCUACCCGGACCCGCUCCCGCUCGACCCCUACAGCGGCGCCUACCUGGUGCUCUCCUCCCCGGACGUGCAGAUGGAGGAGUUCUGCCGCGCCAUGUGCGGCUUCCACUACUUCACCUUCGCCUCCGUCGUCGGGGUCACGGUGCCCUACGCCUGGGUCGGGAACAGCGGCACGCAGUGCCCCGGGAGGUGCGCGUACCCGUUCGCCCCCGCGACUGACUACGGCGGCGGCUCCGGCGGUGGCGGGCAGGUGCUGCGGCCGCCCAACGGGGACCCCGGGGUGGACGGGAUGGUGAUCGUGCUGGGGCACGAGCUGGCGGAGCUGGCCACCAACCCGCUGGUGAACGCGUGGUACGCGGGGGACACGCCCACGGCGCCCACGGAGAUCGCCGACCUCUGCCUCGGCGUCUACGGCGACGGGGGCGGCGCCGGCGGGUUCGUCGGGAACGUGUCCCGGGCGGCCGACGGGAGCGCCUACAACGUCAACGGCGUCAACGGCCGGCGGUUCCUGGUGCAGUGGCUCUGGAACCCCGUCCUCGGCAAGUGCUACGGGGCCAAUGCCAGCAACUGACGCGGCCGCCGCUCGUUUUUCCCCCCCUCGCAUCCGCGGAGUUCUCUCUCGCAGCAACGGAUCAGUUUAUGCCAUUGCGCUCGAUGGCAUUGCGGCAGCAACAAUGGCGAUUCCAUGGAUGGAUGGAUGGGUAAUUGGGUAUGGCAUGAUACAGAACUCGAAUGUCUGAAACAUGAUUCAGACUCGAUCUGUUUCUUUAUUGUUCGGAGGCUCGGAUGGGUCUGUGCCUCUGUGGAUUUUUGUUGAUCUGUAGGAAGGAAACGAUGCAAUUUUUUCUGCAGGAGGAGAACAAAUUUAGUCUGUUUCUAAUGUAAUCCAGUAAUUGCAGCAUAAAAUAAGAUCGAUUUGCAGGGGACACACUUUUUGUGUUCAAUCUUAUACUGCAUGCUUCAUUCA